CUUAUGGAAUGUGGUCAUGCAGGUGGCAUCUGUUGAGUUCGGCGUGUAUUACAUAGAUAAACUUCGGUAGCCUUGCUGCCUCGGCUGGCGUCGCGGCGAGCAACGAACUGGCCCAGUAGGAGAACGUCAGCAGUUGAGCGCGAGCGUUGCGCCUGGCCAGUUCGUUGUUGUCGGUUGGGAUCAUGGCACGAGUCUUCGGAGUGAUAUCAGUGCUGCUGUGGCUCUGUUUGGGCAGCGGAUGCAGCGGCUAUUUGAGCCUUCAUGUGGGCGAUCCGUGUCCGACCAGCGAUUAUCGCAGCAUCUGCCAGCCAGCGGAGCACUGCUCCACAUUGGGGCGCUUCAUGAAGAAUGGAGAGCUGGUAGUUGAGUCUAUGCUUAUUUGCGGCUACACUAUAUACAAUUUGAAGAUUUGCUGCCCCAUUGAGGACACAUCAACAAAACCAACGACAGCUACAACAACAACAACAACAACGCCACGGCUAGUAGCUGAAACAACACAGUCGAUUCUCAACCCUGGCUUAGCAGAUAAUAUAUAA